AUGCCCAAAUUCCACGCCUCCCUGACCAACGAGCACAUCGCCUUCAUCAACGCGGCGCCGCUCUUCUACGUCGCCAGCGCGCCCUGGGCGGGCACACACAUCAACAUCUCGCCCAAAGGCCAGCCGUCACAAACCUUCUCGAUCCUCAGCCCAACGAGCGUCGCCUACCUCGAUGCAACAGGCCACGGCUGCGAGACGAUUGCGCACGUGUACGAGAACGGGCGUGCGACGCUGCUGUUUAGCUCGAGCGGCGCCAAUCCAAGGACACUGCGGUUGUUCUGCUCCGCCCGCGUCGUGGAGAAGUGGGACCAGCAUUUCAGCGCGCUGCGGGCCAAGAUGGCGUCUGAGAACGGCGAGAGCGUAGACAUAACAGGUGCCCGCGCCAUCAUCGUGCUGAAGAUUGUCAAGGUGCAGACGAGCUGCGGGUUUGGCGCGCUGCCGGGCGUAGAGGGCGGCGAUGCGAUGGCGUUUGCGGACCAUGACGGCGACGAUGACGGGCGGGCGCGCGAGACGCUGGAGGCGUGGGCUGCGAAGAAGAUUGAGCGCCGCGAGAUGAUGGAUUUCCAAAAGGUCAACAACACGCGCAGUCUGGACGGGUUGCCGGGCUUGAAGAGCGCGCGGAUGGCGCAGGAUCAGAAUUUCGCCGUCGAGGACACAAAGGUGUGGUUCCAGCGGGUGGCGAGGCAGUGGGACGCCGUCGCGCUGGGGGUCGCGCUGGGCAUGCUUCUCAUGAUCCUGCUGGGGCUGGUGGACGUUGUGCACAUUGAACCGCGGUUCCUGACGCAUAUUUUGAACUUUCAGAAACGGCAGCUGGGCGACUAUCACGAUGAGCUGUAG